GCAAUGCAUAAAGUUGAACCCCGUGGAAUGCAUAAGCUUCAUUCUGGAAUACAUGAACAUGGAUAUAGUGACUUCUUUCAUAUGCCAAGCAGAUUAAGACCCAAACAAAUUUGAUCCGACUCCUCAAAGCUCGAUGAUCCUGCGACUGAAGCCAGACUCAACACCACCGCAAACAGGAACACCGGUGACUGCCGAGUCAUCUGUACUCUCACUCUCCACUGAAACUCUGCAAAGCAUAUGUCGUUGUUUGACACUCUUUCCCCCCUCUGAUAUCUUGAACCAACAAAAGGGUAGUUCUAAUUCAGAAGGAUAUGAGAUACCUGCAACCCUUGCUUGUUCUUCUUGCUGUUCUUUUUUUGUCUCUUGUUUGAACUGGUUAUACUGUUUGAGCAAUUCCAUAGUAGUUAUUUGUAACAUAAAACUGAAUUUUAGGAAAGGAACAUGGCAAAAUUAG